AUGUUCGAGAAAAUCAUCUUCGGAAUCGCCAUCCUGCAAGUGGUAUGGGCAGCAACGACAUGCACAGAGGCUAGCAGUGACCCGCAAACAGGACAGUGCGCAACAGGAAAGUGCGACGUCUGGAUUGGGGGCUCAAACUUCUGCUCCCAGUGCUCGACAGCAGCAGAGCAUCUUGUCAAUGGAAAGUGCAUAACUACAGGCGAGGAUGCUGAAGGAGCAUGUACAACAAAGAAUGAUGGCACAUGUACAUCUUGUAAAGCCGGCUUCUUCCUGCACAGGGGAGGGUGCUACGAGAUGGGAAGCGAUAUCGGGCUCCUUGUGUGCAACGAUAGAACUGCCACGGCUGAUAAGGAUGGAAUAUGCAUAGCUUGCCACGACGGGUACUUCAAGAAUCCUGCAUCUGACGCUGAUAAAACGAAGGAGUCCUGUAUUGCAUGCAACAACACGGCCGGUGUGGAUCAUAAUAAGGGGGUUCAGAACUGUGCGACGUGCGACGCCCCGAAAACUCCCGGACAAAGCAGUGCAGAACAGACGGCCACAUGUAAAAGCUGUGUGGACGGAUACUAUGGCACUACAAGCUGUCAGCAGUGCCAUGCAGAUUGUAGAACGUGCACCGGCAACGGUGAGGAUAAAUGCACCUCCUGCAAGGAUACUGGUAAGCAAUACUUCAAAGAAGGGGCCAAUAGCGACGGGACAGGCACGUGUGUUGACGAAAACGGAUGUGGUAACACACACUUCCCAAUAGCAGAGGACAAAAAGUGCCAUCUCUGCGGUAGUGUCAGUGAGGGCGGUGUGGCCGACUGCAAGACGUGCUCAAAGACUGGAGAUUCCGUUAAGUGUCUUACCUGCGAGGGUACUAAAAAACCCAAUGAAGCCGGAACAGGCUGCUUUGUGUGUCCCAUGGAGCAUUGCGAAAAGUGCAGUAAGGACAACGUCUGCGAAGCUUGCGGAUCAGAAAAGAAGCUGAGCCCCUUGGGAGACGCGUGCUUAGAUGCCUGUCCCGCGGGAACUCGCACUGACGCUAACGUUUGUAAUCUGUGCCACGAAUCGUGCGCAAGCUGUAGUACUAACGCAGAAACGUCGUGCACGGCCUGCUAUCCGGGAUACGUGUUGAAGCGUGAUGAGACGAAUGCUAAGGGUACCUGUAUAAAGGAGUGCACGGGAGACUUUAUGGCCCACUGCAAGGCCGACGGCUGCUCACUGAACGUCGGAGGCUCGAAGUACUGCGAUCAGUGCGAGGAGGGGUACGCCCCAGUCGACGGCGUCUGCACAUCCAUACCUGCAACAGCGAGAGAUGCCUCCGGAUGUAAGGCAAGUGGCGGGAAAUGCACUGAGUGUGGGGCAAACUACGCUCUGUUAUCGGGCGGAUGCUACAACACACAGAAGCUUCCUGGUAGCUCUGUGUGUACGGCUGCACAGAAUAAGGGACAAUGCCAAACGUGUGCCAAUGGACAAAGCCCAGCUGGAGGAAAAUGUCCGGCGUGUACUGAAGGAUGUGUGAAGUGUGCGGGUAGUAAGGAAACCUGCACAGAUUGCUUAGCAGGGUAUUACAAAGGUGCCGGUGAUAAAUGCUUCAAAUGCACGGAUAGUGAUAAGGCUAGCUCUAAUGCAAUAACUGGUGUAGAAAACUGCAUAAGCUGUGCCCCGCCAGCUGGUGGCAAUGGCCCUGUCACCUGUUACGUAACGCAACAAAAGGCUGACGAUGGCACCGGCGGAGAUACUGGAGGAGACAGCACCAACAGGAGUGGCCUUUCCACGGGGGCCAUCGCGGGGAUCUCCGUCGCUGUGAUUGUUGUUGUAGGAGGCCUCGUCGGAUUCCUCUGCUGGUGGUUCAUCUGCAGGGGCAAGGCGUAG